AUGCCCAGCUUUCGCGGCACCUGCGCCCACGAUCACGACUGCGGCGAGGCGGACUGCGGGGUCUCGUAUUCGCUUUACAAGCACAUCGACUUGGCGCGCGUCACAUGCCUGAACGAGUCUGAGCCCGAGAGCUGCAGGAACGUUUUCAAACCGUGGUCCCAGCGGACUGACUUCUCGGGCCCUUCCCUGAGGAGCAAUGCAGACGACCCAGAAUUGCUCCUGUACAUUCCUUUCACUGGUGCCCUGGCCAUAAAGGGGAUCUCUGUCAUUGGAGGCAUGGACGGCACAAGCCCUGGAAAAUUGAGGGCCUUUGUCAACAGGGAUGACUUAGAUUUUUCAGCGGUGGAGGAUCUGCCUCCGGUACAGGAAUGGACUCUGCAUGAGGACCACAGGGGGUUGCUGGAAUACCCAACACAUGUGGCAAAGUUCCAAGGAGUGCAUGGCUUGACACUGCACUUCCCUGAGAACUUUGGUGCCGAUCACAGCGAGAUUCACUUCAUCGGUUUGAAAGGCGAAUUCACAGAGAGGAGGCGGGAGGCUGUGGAGGCUGUGUAUGAGGCAAGACCAAUGCCUGAGGAUCACAAGGUGCCUGGGGAGCAGGGAACCCAUUGGAGGAUGGGCACAUGA